GUCACGUGAUCCUUCCUUCAAAAUCUCACUUCCGGCUGUACACAGGACCAAGUGAUCAGGGAAGAAAAGUCCCUGAUUUAUAUUAAAUAACUGAGGACAACAGGGUGCAGACCCUUUUGACAAGAUGGGGAUUAAAUUUUUGGAAUUCAUAAAGCCAUUCUGUGCAGUACUGCCAGAAAUUGCCAAACCUGACAGAAAGAUUCAAUUUAGAGAAAAGGUGCUAUGGACAGCUAUCACACUCUUCAUUUUCUUGGUUUGUUGCCAAAUUCCCUUGUUCGGCAUCAUGUCGUCGGACUCUGCAGAUCCAUUCUACUGGCAGAGAGUUAUUCUGGCUUCUAGUAGAGGAACCCUUAUGGAGUUGGGUAUUUCGCCAAUCGUGACAUCUGGUCUCAUUAUGCAGCUGCUUGCUGGAGCUAAAAUCAUUGAAGUUGGUGAUACCCCCAAGGACAGGGCUCUCUUCAAUGGUGCCCAGAAAUUAUUUGGUAUGGUGAUCACUGUGGGACAAUCCAUUGUGUAUGUGAUGACGGGAAUGUACGGAGAUCCAGCAGAAGUUGGUGCCGGAGUCUGUCUUCUCAUUAUCAUUCAGUUGUUUGUUGCUGGUCUGAUUGUGUUGUUACUGGAUGAGCUCCUGCAGAAAGGCUAUGGUCUAGGCUCAGGAAUUUCUCUCUUCAUUGCCACAAACAUUUGUGAAACCAUCGUGUGGAAGGCUUUCAGUCCUGCUACAGUGAACACUGGCAGAGGUACGGAGUUUGAGGGCGCAGUUAUCGCUCUGUUCCAUUUGUUGGCCACAAAACAAGACAAAGUGAGAGGUCUGCGUGAGGCUUUCUACAGACAGAACCUCCCCAAUCUGAUGAAUCUGAUGGCAACUAUCUUCGUAUUUGGUGUGGUCAUAUACUUCCAGGGAUUCCGUGUGGACCUGCCCAUCAAGUCAGCCCGCUACCGUGGCCAGUACAGCUCCUACCCGAUCAAGCUCUUCUACACCUCCAAUAUUCCCAUCAUUCUCCAGAGUGCCCUUGUGUCAAACCUCUACGUUAUCUCACAGAUGUUGGCUACCAAAUUCCAUGGAAAUUUCUUUAUCAACUUGUUAGGAGUCUGGGCUGAUGUAAGCGGAGGUGGCCCAGCCAGGUCAUACCCCAUUGGAGGUCUCUGUUACUACCUCUCACCACCCGAAACACUUGGGCACGUUGCAGAGGAUCCCAUCCACGCCACACUCUACAUUGUUUUCAUGCUGGGAUCGUGCGCUUUCUUCUCAAAAACCUGGAUUGAGGUGUCUGGAUCUAGUGCCAAGGAUGUUGCAAAGCAGCUUAAGGACCAGCAGAUGGUAAUGCGAGGCCACAGAGAUGCCUCUAUGGUGAAGGAGCUCAACCGAUACAUCCCCACCGCUGCUGCCUUCGGAGGUCUCUGUAUAGGAGCACUGUCUGUCAUGGCCGAUUUCAUGGGGGCCAUUGGUAGUGGAACUGGUAUUUUACUGGCUGUAACAAUUAUCUACCAGUACUUCGAGAUCUUCGUCAAAGAACAGAGUGAAAUGGGAGGAAUGAGCACUCUGCUGUUUUAAACAUGACCCUCCUAGUGUAGCUUAUAGACAUUUAAAUUAUAAAUUUGUGUUUUAUCAGUUUCCAAACAUUAAUGUUGGCAAUGUUUAUGCAUUGAAAUAUAUUAUUGAAAUUAAUUUUUUGGAUCUACCAAUGAACUGGUUUGUGAAGUAUAAGACGUGAAAAUGGACAUAGAUCGUGCAUCAGAAUUGAAUUCAUUCCUUGUUUGUAUAGUUAAUUGAUGGUUGAAUGGUUGUAGAUUGGAAACUGAUGAACAUGUUUCUCAUUUUGGAAUGAUGUAAAUUUUAUGCGAUGUAAGUUUUACUUGUUAAUUCUUAACUGUUGUGUUGAAUGUUCUACAUGUCUGGUAUAUAUGGUUCGUCGAUCACAUUCAUUUAUUCACUAGUCACAAAAUAGGCUGACCAGUUCAUUACUAAUAUCAUUGUACAUGUGUAGAAUAAAAUGACCCAAAGUCAGGAAUUCAUGUAAAAUUUUCAGACAGUUCAUUUCAAUAUUUAAGUAGUCUAAAAGAAAAAUUAAGAUAUAAUGUUGAAUUUUUAGUGCUAAUUUACAGGUAUAUGCCAUUUUUGCAUUAUUGGAAAGUGUGAAUACUUUUUGUACAGCUGACAAAUAAAAAUUGUAUUAUAGCAUUCAUUCCCCAUUUGUUCAAAUUGAUCUGUUGUGGUCGGAAGUGAGUUGUUUUUACUUGACUAUAUUGUUUAGGGUCUUGAGGCAAUAAAGUAUGUAAUAUAAUAGACAAGUGACAAUUCAUAUAAUUUCAAGACAAGUUGAAGGGGCCUGAAGCCAUUUUAGUUAUGGUAUUGUCAUGAUGAUCGAUGGAUUGACAGGCUAGACAAGUGUGAGAAGAUGGUUCAAAAGAUAAAGCUUUUAAGAUGUACUUACUGUUUAAAUUAUUGACACAUUUCGCUGUAAAGCUAUCAAUGAAUUAUAAUUUAUUGGGAAAAAAAUAUGACACACGAGUUUUUCCCUCCCAAAAAAAGAUAUUUGUGUAGUAUGCCCAGGUUUAUGGAUUUUAUAUGUAAUAUAGAAAAUUGAAAAAUGAAUAAAAAUAUACAAACAAA